AUGAAUUUAUUAACUACCAAUGGUGUAAAGAUAUUCAAUGUCUCUGCUGGUAAAUCAUUACCUGAAUGGUUAUCAGAGAAGAAACGUGAUGAAUUAAGAAAGAAUCAAGAGUUUAGACAAAGAAUAGAAUUGAUUCAAGAUUUCUCAUUUGAAACAUCAUCAAGAAGAGUAAAGAUUACACCAGAUGGACAAUAUCUUAUGGCAACAGGAAUCUAUCCACCACAGAUGAAAAUCUUUGAGUUAUCACAAUUAUCAUCAAAGGUCACUCGUACAAUGGAUGCUCAUGUUGUUCAAUUCGAAAUAUUAUCUGAGGAUUAUUCAAAACCAGUAUUUUUAAGAGAUGAUAGAUAUAUUGAAUUUCAUGCUAAAUUCGGUACCUACUUCCAAACUAGAAUUCCAAAGUUAGGUAGAGAUAUGACAUAUCAUAAGCCGAGUUGUGAUCUCUAUGUUGGUGGUGCCGGCAAUGAGGUGUACAGAUUGAAUUUGGAGGACGGUCGUUUCGUUGCACCGAUGGUCACCGACUUGCCAGCGGUCAAUGUCAUCGCACAGAAUCCAGUGCAUCAGCUGAUGAUGUUUGGUGGUGAGAACGGUGUCAUCGAGUGUUGGGAUCCAAGACAACGUGAGAAGGUAGCCGCCAUCAAUGCCGGUGCAGCCGCUCCCAACUCUGAGUACGACGUCGAGAUCAGUGCCGGUCGAUUCGGUCCGGACGGUCUGUCGCUCGGUCUCGGAACGUCGACAGGCAGUGUCAUUCUCUACGAUAUCCGUUCGCCCACUCCGCUGAUGGUGAAACAUCAUCAAUACCAACUCCCGAUCAACUCUAUCAAUUUCCAUACCUAUGGAGGUGUGACACGUCUGUUGUCGGCAGACUCCAAGAUCUUGAAGGUUUUCGACAAAGACACUGGAAAGAUCUUUAUGGUUCUCGAGCCAAAGAGUCCAAUCAACGAUGUAACAAUCAUCGAUGGAACAGGUCUACUCUUGAUGCCUGGAGAAACACAAAAGAUUCAAUCAUACUACGUACCAUCGCUUGGACCUGCACCCAAAUGGUGUUCAUUCCUUGACAAUCUCACUGAAGAACUAGAAGAAGAUAAACAACUAGUAUAUGAAGAUUAUAAGUUUAUUACAAGAGAUGAAGUUGAAAAGUUGAAUAUAUCACAUUUGAUUGGUACAGGAUUCUUAAAGGCAUAUAUGCAUGGAUUCUUUAUACAUAUUAAGUUGUAUAAUAAGUUCAAGUCAUUGGUUGAGGUAGAUGGUUAUCAAGAGCAUAGACAGAACAAGAUUAAGGAAGAGUUGAACAAUAAGAUCGUAUCGAGAGUAUCGGUGCAAAAGAAGGAGACACUGGCCAAACCAAUGGUUAAUAGCAAGUUGGCAAACAGAUUGCAAGCUAUCAAGUUUACACAUAGAGGUGACGAGAUGGAGAGAAAGGUGGAAGAGAAAGAAGCACCUACAAAGGCAUUGUCUGAUACUAGAUUCGGAAAGUUGUGGACAGACAAGGCAUUCGAAGUCGACGAUGAAUCAACAGAGUUUAGAAGACAUAAUCCACGUGAUAAACUAAAGAAAUUAGAUACUGCUAUCGCCGAUUAUUUCGAAGCCGUAGAUGAAGAUGAUUAUGAUGAUGAUGAUGAAGAAGAACAACAAGUUAAUAUUAAACCAACAACAACAGCUAAUAAUAAUAAUAGAAAAGAAUUGGAUGAAAUAGAUGAAAUUAUGGGUGAUGGUGAAGAAGAGGAUGAUAAUGAUUAUGAUGAUGGAGAAGAUAUGUAUAUUGAUACCAAUAAAUCGAAAAAUAAUAGAAAUAAUAAUAAUAGUAGUAAUAGUAAUAAGAAUAAAGUUAAUAUGUUUGAAAUUCAACAAGGUCAUUCAAUAUCAUCACUUUCCAACAAGAGUAAGAAUAGUCAGAUAUUAAAGAAUGCACCAUUUUCGAUUAGAGUGGAUCGUGACGAAGGUAAUGGAAAGUCUGGUUCACUAAGAGAUGCUCAAGUAGUAACAAAAGAUAGUGGUGAUUUAGAAAUAUCUUUUGUUCCAUCCAAGAAAUCGGGUGGUGGUCGUGGUGGACGUGGUGGUAGCCGUGGAGGAAGUAGAGGUGGUAGUCGUGGAGGAAGUCGAGGUGGUAGCCGUGGUGGAAGUCGUGGUCGUGGUGGAAGGAAAUAA